CUGGCUGAGUUUCCGCGUUAGUCUGAUCAGCGCUUGCUCGUUCUCAAUACUUUUCUACCGUGAGUGACUCUUCUCCUUUUCCUGCAACCAUUAUGUCCCGGAUCCUCAAAUCGGUGGAUUACGAGGUAUUCGGCCGGGUUCAAGGGGUUUGUUUCAGAAUGUACACAGAGGAUAAAGCUAGGAAAGUGGGUAUAGUUGGCUGGGUUAAAAAUACCAGACAAGGAACAGUUACUGGACAAGUGCAGGGUCCAGAAGAGAAAGUGAAUGAGAUGAAAGCUUGGCUGACCAGCGUUGGAAGUCCUAGCUCACGUAUUGACCGGACAAAUUUUUCUAAUGAAAAGGAAAUCUCAAAACUUGAAUUCUCUGGAUUCACCACCAGAUACUAAAAAAACAAAUCAUAGAAUUACCUUAUUUCUCCCAUUGCAUCAAAAUUUCUGGGUCUCCCUAAAGCAAAUUAGGAAAACGUGACAAGGCUCAUAUUUACAUUCUGGUCAAAUGUUUAUAUGAUAAAGCAAAGCAGAAGAGCAGAUGGUCAAAGUAAUCUGAAAUCAAGAAACGGCUUCUUGCAGAGGUGUGAGCUCUGACCACUUGCCGUGAUACCAACCUCUGACGUCCCCCAGCUUAGGAAAUACUUAAAUGUGUCCAGUGAAAGGAAAAUAACAUAUGAGAACAUUAUUUUUUGAGCAUAUGUGAGCCAAGUGAGAAGAGCUUUUCCGGGUUGCUUCUUUUGUGUUAUUCUCAGUGUGCUAAUGGAAAAAAAGAUGGCUAUUUAUUUCUACGGAGAUGAAAGGAACAUUUUCCAUGGCAUUGUAUAUGAUCAUUGACUCUAGGUUUGCACUUUCAAAUAUCAAAGCAGAAUAGAAUAACAAUGGAUCUUCUAUUUUCACUUCUGCCAACAAUAUUGGCAAACUGCAAAUAUGCAAAAUUACUGACAUUUAUAUGUAUCAUCUAAGCAGGCAUUCCCAGGAAACUAUUGAUCUGAGUCAUUAAUAAAGCAUGAAUUCAUUGCUAAUUCAAAUGGGCACUUGAAAAGGCCUGCCAUGUGUAUGAAAAAAGAGUAUUUUUUUCCACAACCAGAUUAAUUUUCAUUGGAUCUUUUAUUCAAGUUCUUGCCUGCUUAGUAAGUUGUUAUAAUUCCAAACACACACGGCUUUUGUGAUCCUCUACAAACAUCCUUUGUUAAACUCCUUAAGGACAACCCUUGUAAAUCUGAAAUACAAAAUGGCAAAGAUCAAGUGUAGGUCUUGUUCAUUAGCCAGAAUAUCUUUCUGAUGGGAACCAGUCUGUGUUUUCUUUUGGGCCAUGAUGAAUAUGAACACUAAUUCUCAAAAAAGUUUUUUUGCUUAUUCUGUUGCUUAAUAUGUUAAAGAAAUAAAAAGAUAAUGUAAGAUUUGUCCAGAAUCUCAUGGGUAUCUCUGUGUUUCAAAUGUUAGGUAAAACACACAGGAAAAUUAUUUUAUGGAUUUCAUUAUUUUUUUUGCUUUUCAUGUUUGUGUAUUUAAACCUAUAAUUAUCUGAGCAAACUUUCAAAACCAAUGAAUCAGAAAUUCUAGUACAGUAUCUCCCAGUAUAAUAUAUGACUUCCAUCCAGUAUAACCAGAGUCAGCAAUAUGUGGGAAACUGCUCUCCUGAUGCUAAAAGGUUUUCAGAAAAUAUGGUCAGGGGAUCAGUGGAGUAAAUAUUUCUAAACUGAUGUGAAGUGCUAGA